AUGGACCGCGGGCGGCUGCCGGUGGUGGCGGUGGCGGUGACGGGGCUGCUCCGGGACCCGGCUUUCCACGUGGCCAAGUGCGCAGCUGAGGCGCUGAAGCUGAAGUUUCCAAGCAAGUUUGCGGAUCCUGUAAUAUGUCCUUUAUUAGAAUUUGCAUGGCAUGAAUAUUUACAGGAGAAGAAGAAGGAACUGCGAGGUGAGGUGUGGGCAUACGCCUCCCGCGUGAUGUGCUUCAUUGAUGGGCGGCUGCUGGGGGACGAAAAGGAGCUGCUCAGGUGGGCCCUCCACCAGUGGGACUACCGCGAUUUUAAGCCCGAGGCGCUUUAUCAAGCCAUCUCUGAGGAUUUCUACACCAAGCACCUGAAGAACAGCCAGCACGUGUUUGUGUACCUGGACAUAGCCAUUGAUGAGCAGCCCGUCGGGACACUUCUGUUUGAGCUCUUUUCUGAUGCGUGCCCCAAAACCUGUGAGAAUUUCCGUGCUCUGUGUGUUGGAGGAGUGAAGUCUCCUUGCAGUGGUCGAGAGCUGACUUACAAAAAUUCCUGUUUUCAUCGGCUGGUAAAAAACGGGUGGAUCCAAGGAGGAGACAUAGUCACUGGGAAAGGAGAUGGAGGAGAGUCAAUCUAUGGUCCCACCUUUGAAGAUGAAAACUUCUCCAUCCGUCACAAGGGAAGAGGAGUCCUCGGGAUGGCCAACAAGGGCCGCCACAGCAACGGCUCCCAGUUCUACAUCACCCUCCAGCCAGCUCCCUACCUGGACAAAAAGUGUGUGGCCUUUGGGCAAGUGAUUGAGGGCACGGAGGUUCUCCAGCGACUGGAAGCUGUACCGACGUACAAUGAAAGGCCUACAGUGGACUGCAAAAUUUUGGACUGUGGGACCUUCCAGCCGUGA